ACGGCGCACCUCUGUCGCAGGACGCUGGGUCUGGAUCGAUGUGACGUUCAAGCUCAAGAUCCCGCUCUGGCCACCCGUUACAAUAGAUAAAGGCUUUGUCCAUGAGGUACUAACCUCCCGGGCAUGCAUGGGGAUGUCCCCGAGUGUAUCCAGAUCUGUGACGUGGGACUCCCUCUCCCUCUUCGAUUCUCCUUUCCUCUACUGUGAGCUCGCGCUCCCUGCUGGGUCCGCAGAUCGAAUCGGCCAUCCCCGUCUGGCAGUGGGGCUCAUCCCCAAGAAGAAGAUCAGCGAGACACCACCCCCGAGGAGAAGUUGGCGCUCAACGGUGGUGCGUUCCGACCGACAGCUUUCGUCCCGCCAGCCGUGCUGCGCGCGUGGAGGAGUAGUGAUGACAUACAACGUUCCUCGGAUCAAAGUGCGGUAAAGAUAUGGAUUUGGCUCUGUUGGAAUGUCGGUGGUGCUUUCGAGUGUGGAAUGUCGGCGACUCUAAACUCUCUUUGAGACUUAUUAAUAGGGAGGCGUCACCAGUACACGGAGAUUCCGUGCUGUCCUCAUGUCCUAAUUUUCUUGCCUGCUUCGGCUUGCUCUCCCGUGCUCAAACACGCAACGUCUCUCCUACUUUCCGUCUUCUGCUUGCUCCGUGUCUGCUGCCCUCCGAAAACCCCAUUGUAUAUGUCUGCUUCUACGAGGCCAUCGCCGGGCCGCCCCGCUUUCCGCGCCGUUGAAGGAAUCGCCAACGCGCUACACAGCCGCGCUCCCAUCUCCAGUCUCAUGGGCAAUCUCCCCCUCCUCUGCGAGCUGCUAGAGGACGACCGCACCAAGGUCAGGUUCGUCUCCCCCCCCUCUAGAUCCUCUUCCGGCUGGUCCAGCAUCGGCUACGACUGCACCCACUCCCCGAUCUCGAAACUGCCCCUCGAGCUCCUCCGCAAGGUCUUUGUCCUCUGCCUCUCGGACGGGCGCUACCGCGAGCCGCACGCCCGCCGCGCACCGCUGCUGCUCAUGCAGGUGUGCGACUUGUGGCGCGGCACGGCGGGGAGCACACCCGAGCUGUGGUGUUCGCUGUAUAUCCGUCCGUCGAGCCGUAUGCCCAGGAAGGACACGGAUGUCGCGCUGUACCGCGCGUGGCUCGAGCGCGCGGGCACUCUGCCCCUUGCGGUCGCGGUCGACGCGCGGUGCUGGUCGAGUGUGGGCAUCGAGAGGGAGCAGAGGGACAGCGCGAUGCGGUGCAUCUCGAGCUGGGAUGUGCAGGUGUGCGAGCUCAUGGCCGCGUUCACGCCGCGCUGCGCGGAUCUGUUUGUGAUCUACAGGCAGGGCAGGAGGAAGACGAAUGCGGCGCUCGCGAGCCUGCUUGAGCACGCGCGUGUGACUGAGAGGCUUGUGCUGGACCUCGAGGAUCUGAAGGAGCUGUCUGGGUGCGAGGGCGUGACGAUGCUCCCGCCAAAGCUUGAGCUCCGGUGCGCGGUCGAGCACGUCGUGUGUCUGAACACCCUGGGUCUCGGAUGGGAGUUGGUAACGGAGUUAAGAUUCGAGCCAGAAGAUCACCAUGCAUUCGAGGAGAUGGCGCUCGUGCAGUUGCUGGAGAUGUGUCCGAACCUGGUGCAUCUUACGUUUGACAAGCUUGAUUACACGCUCGGUACGCUGACCAGGGACUCGGAUUCUGCUGCCGCCAUCCUCUCCAGCAAGUCCCCCUGCCCACCUUCAUUGACAGCUGCGUCUUCUUCCUCUUCCUCUUCCUCUUCCUCUUCCUCCACCCGUUCUUCUCUUUCGACGACCAGUCUAGCCUCAGCCCCACCUGAGGAACCGUUUCUGGUGCACACCAGCCUACGUUCGCUGCACGUGAACGUGCACAACUUUGUCAAGAUCGCGGUGGGCCUCACGCAUCCCGCCCUCGGCGUCGCCCUACCGCACCUACGCCUGCUCACGGUGAUGGUACACGAGCCAUACGGGGACGUGCUCAACCCCAAGGGCGUGCGCUAUGUCCUGCGCACGUUUGCGGACUUCCUGGCGUGGUCGGGGUGCAAGCACGUCGUUGACGUUGUGUUCACCGCGCGCAUCGCGCGUUCGGCGGGCGACGGCCCCGGGGGCGGGGCAGAGCGCGUUGAAGCGUAUCACGUCGAUGUCACAUGCAAUCCCAAGCUCGAGGCCAAUGCUCCGUCCACAUCCGAUGCAGCGGGAUACGGGCACGGCGAUGCGGUGUCCAUUACGCGGAUGGAGAUGGACGAGGUAUCGGAGGAGGGCCGGCGCUUUAUCAGGCUUGGCUCGCGCCGGAUGACCAAGAUGCGCAAGUUUAAUAUCUGCAAGUUCAAGAGCCAGACGCGAUACGACCGCGAGCGCCCGUCGACAUCCUGCGGAGUGGGCGUCACGGCGGCGGCGACGGUGGUGAGCAAGCAGCGGGUGAAGACGGCUUGAGACUAGUUGUUGCUGCGGUGGUUGUGGUUGUGGUGGUUGAAAAGAGGAAGACGCCAAAUAAGGUCUAAUUGCUUUCGCUUUCGCUCUUGCCCCUGCUGUUUUCUUUCUUUCUGGUGUCGACAAUUUUGGACGAAUCGGU